GCACUGGCUCCGGGAUCACCGGGGUCACCUAGGUCACCGGGCACCGCGGAGCCGGGCCGGCGGGUCCCGGGCCUCGCGCAGCUCUCCGAGCGAGAGGCCGCGGGGACGCUCUCGCCUCCCCCGCGCGCGCGCCGCGGAGCAUGUUUUCCAGGGCGCAGGUGAAACGGGCUCUGCAGCGGGUGCCCGGGAAGCAGCGCUUCGGCGUCUACAGGUUCCUGCCCUUCUUCUUCGUCCUGGGAGGAGCGAUGGAGUGGAUCAUGAUUAACGUGUGUGUGGGCCGGGAGACCUUCUAUGAUGUCUACCGGAGAAAAGCCUCGGAGAGACAGUAUCAGACGAGGCCGGAAGAUGUGUUAGAGCCUGAGCAGCCAAUAAAGUGACUGUGAAAUGCCAAA